AUGGCCGUAGAGGCUUAUCUGUUUGGUAAUGUCAAUUAUUCAACAGAGGUAUGAAAGAGAUCUGUUUUUUUUCUUUUCAAUGAUUUUUUAGUAUGUUGGCUACGUCGACCUCGAGAAGAUCGAUGAAACGACGGAUUGGAAAAAGUUGGCAACGUCAGUAUCUUUUGACUCAGAAAAAAUUCUGAUUUUCAUAGUUCAGAGCUUGCACGUCUUCUUUAUUGAACGUUAAUCAUCCAACCGCCCCAAUCAGAAGAGAAAACUGCUUUGUGAGUUAUUCUCUAUUUUUUUCCAUUUUAUCAAAGAUUUUGACGCGAUUUCCACUCUUCCAUUUGAACUUUUCCUGGCGUAUUCCUUUGGUGAUCAAAAAGUUAUUGAAAAAAAUAAAAGGAGUCGAAAAAAAACUGAGCUUUUCUGUCAUCAGCUUAGAAUGAACAAAAGUUUACCUUUACCUUUCUGAAAAUGUUUCUUUCCAAUUCAGAGAAACAAUAAUCGAUCGGAGCUUCGAGCUUACAGUCAUACAGCUAUCAGCUCGAGAAAACUGACAAUUUACGAUCGUUGUGACGCCAUCGAUGUGGCCAGAGCUAAGUAUUCAUCCAGAAACAUUUUGGAUUGCAACUAUGUGUCGGUUGGAGUGAGUUUCUUUUUCUAAGUUCUUAGUUUAUCUUGCAUUUUUUUCGUGGAUAAGCUCACAAUUCAAAAAUCACUUCUCAUGCAAAAUAAAAAUAAAUCAGUAAGUCUUGACAUUAAAAAAGGAUUUUUUACCUUUGUGGGAGCCGGAAAUUCGAAAAGAAAGAUUUACUUUCUCAGAAGGAUCAGAAGCCUACUUUUUUCAUAAAACUCGAAAAACAACGCUUCUCUGUAAAUUUUCAUUGACAUUAAAAAAAGGAUUUUUUUCAGGGAAAUAGUUAUUUUGUGGUGAUAGCGAAAUUGGAAGACAUGCCGACCGAAUGCAUUGUAUUGAAAAUAGAAAGCGAAGAUCAGGUUUGAUCUGAAAAAUUUUACAUAAACGUUCAUAUCGUUCACCUCAGGCUAAUAACAUGUUGAAAAGCGUUGCAAAAAUGAACAAGAAAGAUUUGCCGCAUUAUAUAACUCCGCCUAUCGUGGUAUAAAGUUAAUCAUAAGAACUAAGCCGAAAUUUGAUUUUCAGAAAUCUGCACGCAGAACGAGACUCACCAUUAUUCGACAUAUCAAUGAUGAGCCAUAUUUCUUCAGAAAUUGUUCAAAUAGUGAAGCCAGAGUGGUUAUCAGAACACCUGGUGAUUUUCUGUUCAGGUGCGAUAAAAAUCUCUAUUUUGAACCUUCUAAGGCUUUUUAAAGAUAUUCAUCCUCAACUGGACAGAUAACUCUGGAAUGCAUGCUUCAGAACUGCUCAAUAAAGAGUUACCUACUGGGAACAGAUACAACGAAACCUCUGGAGGUUUGAAAUCUUAUUUUCGUGAAAAAUACAAGUUCCUUCAGACUGGAGAUGGGCAAUUCGAAAGUUACCGGGACUUCAUCGAUUUCUACAGCAGAAAGACACUGGAAGUGAUUAAAAAGAAAGCAACUUCAAACGAAUUUCUACCGUUUUUAAUAAGACCUGUUUUCUGUCCCCAUGAAUGCUCCAUGGCGAAAAACAUGAAAGCCCCGAUAAAAUAAAAAAAUUUUCAAACUCGUUUAAUCGAAACUUUGCAAUCGAUGAGCAAAAAAAUUUUUUUCUCUUGCUCCGCCACGUUUUUGUCAAAAAGACAUACUUUUAUCAAAUAUUCUUUUCAAGAUAAGAUGAAGAAAACUCACGCAGUUGUUUUUUUUUCAUAGUUUUCUCACGAGACUUUUAUUAGCCUCAAACUUGUAAUAACUUCCGUGAAAGUAAUAAGCUUGAUUACUGGAGGGCGUCGGGCGCAUCUGCAUGCAAAGACAUGCAAGCAGCCCUAAUUACCCAUCACGAGGGUGCAUGUAAAUUUUUUCCCAUUUUCGAUACAUGUCCAUUUGAAUUUUAUUUAAGCCCUUAUCAAAAAAAUUUUCAAGAAAUGAAAUUGAAAAAAAGGGAAAUAAGCAAACUUCCACUCCUUUUUCAACUUUUCCCCAAAGGUUAUUAACAAUUUUUCCGAUCAAAAAAAGUCAAAGUUUUUCUUUUAUAGGAACCCUUUUUGUCCUUCAAGUUCAUAAGCGUGAGAAUACGUGACGCGAAGAUAGUCUGAAAACAGACUUUUUCUCAGGCUAAGACACAAAAAAUCAUUUAUCUCAUGAAAUCUUUAUUUUCCGGUGCGAGAGGUUAUUUUUUUCUGAAGGCGUAAAGCAAGGUUUGAAAUGUGCAUUAUUUCAUACUCUGCGUUCAAUAAGGAUAGGACCCCCCUCGAUUUCGGACCUUCUGGCAAAAUACGGAAAGAUAUCGAAAAUCUGUAAGUGCCAUUCGAUUCAGAGUACAAAACAACCCCCAGAGCCAAAUUUUCAUUAUCCUAGCACUUUUCCUACGAAAAUGCCAUCGAAAAAACGGUUUUUCGACCGUUCAAUAAGGAUAGGACCCCCUGGAAAUUUUGACUUUCAUUGGUGGUUUUUGGUCAAUUUCUUUUUUCGAUGAGUGGCUUUUUUGUCCUCAUAUCAUUUUUCAUCAAGUUUUCUACGGUUUUACUUUCAUAUCUUCCAGGUUUAAAAAAUAUUUUAUAUCGAAAAUAGGGAAAAAUGACGUUUUUUUAGGUUGCAUCAUAAUAUUCGAGCGAAUGAAUUUUUUCAGUACUUUGAAUGAACUUAUCCUGUCAAAAGAGACAUUUUAACAUUCGGAAAAACAAAAAGAAGUUCGAAAAACAUUUUUUUAAAAGUUAGAAAACCAGUUACAAGAUGGUGUAUCGUGACCAAAUUUCAGACUGUCGUCGUUUUUCGACCGUUUCUCUUUCUGUAUGUAGUCGGAAUGGCGAUGUACUUUUUUUAAAGGAUUUGUGAAGGUACUAUCAACAUAUUUCAUCAACAAGAUAAUCUAAAAAAAUUAUAUUUACCCCGUACAAUGCCGAGAAAAUGUGGAGAGAAAUUGGUACCCGCGCUUAUCGAAGGUAUUGUUUCAAAUAGAGCGUUUGGCGGGUUUUUAGUUUGUCAACAAAAUAAAGCAUUACUGAAAAACGUGCAAUAAAAACAAUUUUGAUUAGAAAUAAAACUUUUUAUAUGAUUUAUUUAUACAGUACCGCAAAAAGUUCGAGUAGCAGUCGGAAGGGUGAUUUUCCCUUUGAUUUCCGAGGAUCGCCAAUUUUUAUCCAAUCCAAUUAAGUGUCUUUUUGUGAUGGGAGCACCUUCACAUAUCCUUUAAAAAAAGUACAUCGCUAUUCCGACUACAUACGGAAAGAUAAACGGUCGAAAACGAAGACAGUCUGAAAUUCGGUCACGAUACACCAUCUUGUAACUGGUUUUCUAAUUUUUUUAAACGAAUGUUUUUUUCAAACUUCUUUUUGUUUUUUUCCAAAUGUUAAAAUGUCUCUUUUGAUAAGAUAAGUUCAUUCAAAGUACUGGAAAAAUUCAUUCGCUCGAUUAUUAUGAUGCAACCUAAAAAAACGUCAUUUUUCCCUAUUUUCGAUAUAAAAUAUUUUUUAAACCUGGAAGAUAUGAAAGUAAAACCGUAGAAAACUUGAUGAAAAAUGUAAUGAGGACAAAAAAACCACUCAUCGAAAAAAGAAAUUGACCAAAAACCACCAAUGAAAGUCAAAAUUUCCAGGGGGUCCUAUCCUUAUUGAACGGUCGAAAAACCGUUUUUUCGAUGGCAUUUUCGUAGGAAAAGUGCUAGGAUAAUGAAAAUUUGGCUCUGGGGGUUGUUUUGUACUCUGAAUCGAAUGGCACUUACAGAUUUUCGAUAUCUUUCCGUAUUUUGCCAAAAGGUCCGAAAUCGAGGGGGGUCCUAUCCUUAUUGAACGCAGCGUAGUAUCGAGAAACGCAAAUCUUGCUUCUUUUCAGAAAAAAAGCCCAAAAUGCAACUCGAUUUAAGUACUCCUUUCAAAACUUCUCAGUGAAAAGUAAUUGAAACACAAACCAGAUUGCUUUUUUUGAGCCUCUCAACCCAAACCUUCCUAGAAGAAGCGCCUUUUUUUGCUUUGUGUCAGUUGCAAUCAUGAGCCAGUGACGUCGUUUUUUUACGUAUUUAAUUGUUGCGUGAAGAAAAGCAAGUAAAAAAGGUCUGAAGUGCGUUUGUCGUGGAAAGCAGUCAGCCGGAGUAAACUCUGACCGGAAAGGCAAUACUUUUCGCUUCCAGUCGACUUUCCUUCAAAAGAAAUGAUUCAAACCUGGCGAGAUAGUCUGUUGGAAUACGCUUGUUGAUGUAGAAACAGUUUGUGGGCUCAGAUUCGAUUAUGCUUUUUUUUGAAUUCUGAUCCAUUAGAUAAUAGUGUUGGUUCAGUCAUACCAAUUGGCAGCCCCAAAUGUGCAAUUUAAAAGUGGCAGUACCAAAUAUUGAGCUUAAAAAUGACGGUUCCGAGUUCAAAAUAAAGAUUUACAAAGUCAACAGGGAUUUUUCAUUCGAAAAAUAUUUCUGACUUUUAAAUUUCAUAUCAUGAAUUCCACGCAUCAAGGGGAAGAAUUCUAGAGAAAUCUAGAAAAAAAUCUAGAAUUUUGAAUAAUUCAGAGCGAAAAACCCAUACGUUCGUUAGAAUACAUGUAUUAUGCAUAAAGCUGGGUUUCUUUUUUUCUCUACCAAAUAAAUUCAUAGAAAAAAACCCUUGUUUUUAAAAAUAAAAUAAUUGUUCAAUACUUCGUUUGUGCUCUUGCUCGUGCUUUAGGUUUCUAAUUUCAGCGAGCUUCUGCAUAAAGGUUCAUCCCACUUAUUAUCGUACUUUUUGUCAUGAUGUGAUGAGACACUUCUGUUGACUCUUCUCUUAAUUAAUUUUUGACCGUUUGUGUGGUAAUGUCAUGUGGAAGUUAAUAAAAAGCCAAAAGUUCGGGUUUUUUUCAAGGGAAAAAUUUUCAGUUUCUAUUGAAACCGGAACAGCACUUUUCACAAAGAAAAUGAAAACAAAUUCAAAAUUUCCGACUUGCAUAAGCAUUUAAAUAAUGAAAAGUAGUGUCUAAGUCUACUAUUUGCUCAAUUGCAAAGCCAGUAAUUUAAAUUUUAGACAUAACAUGACGCAUGUGAAAAAAGAGGUAACGAUUGGAGCCAUUUCUUCAAUGUGCAGUAAAAUAUUUUUUUUUUCGACGGGCUUUAGGUUUAAUUAUUCAAAAGGACUAAUCAGAUGAGGGCGCUUCUGACGUCUUUUAUGGGCCGUAUAAAAGGCUUUUUUCUAAUUAUUACCAUAUUCGUUGUUUGGAAAGUCGGGUUUUUUUUUUUGCAAGCACUAUGUUACCUCAAGAAAAGUAUAGCCGCUUUUUUAAUAAAAAGGAUAGUCGAUCCAUUUUCAAAUGUAAUUUAAUAGAUAAAAAAGUCUCGAAAACUUUUGAGGUUGGAUCUUUGGUGACCGUUUGAUAACGGAGAUGCUUCUUUUAAACAAUAUUUUUUGAGGCUGAAAAACCCAUUUUUUUGAAUUUUUGAGUUUUGAUUAGUGUAUUUGUCGAGGUCCUUUUUUGCGCUUUCAAGCACCUCAGAAAGCUCUUUCGAACAAACUAUAGCAUAUAACUCGUGCAAUUUGGCGCAGACACGCUCUCCCUUGGCAAGAAGAGGAUAAGUGCAAAUUUGAUGUUCUCUGAAUUUGACGAGAAUGAUUGGAUUUUUUGAGGGACGGAUAGGAAAACGAUCAUCAUGGGGUGACCAUUAUUUUCGGAUGGCGGAUGAGUUUUUGGCUGCCGUGAGAACUCCGACACGGCGCCGCCUCUUUUCAGGGAUUUGGCCAGCGGCGGUCGUUUUGCUUGCCCCGCUCAAGCCUUGUCUAAGGUCUCUUCUUCUGCUUCAACUUGUACUUGUUACUUAAAUCUCAGUGAAGUGUGUUUUUUUUCUGAAUUAAUAGGAUAAAACGGAAAAGAGUCAAAAGUAUGAGCGUGAUUCGUAAAAGACCCGUUUGAACCUGAGCUCAUUCCAUCUCAAUACAGAAAAAUCUCAAUACAAAAAAAUUUGCAUUUUUUUAACUUCUUUCAUACGCAAACAAAAUUGUUAUGAUCUUUUGCCCUUUGAGCAAUAUAUUAAUAUCGUAAACCUGGUAAUUGAAAAAAAUCCUGCUUAUGUCACAGUUUGCAAGAUUCACCUCAGUUUCAAUCAAAAAACACAAGUUGGUUAAUGUUUUCAAAGUUAAUUAAGCAUACAGUAUCUCUAUUGAAUAAUGUUUGGCUGCAUUUUCAUCUAUUUUUUCAUCUCAUUUCCAUCAAAGGUAGGCUCAGCACGAUGACAAACACUUUUCGAGUUUCAACACCUCCAUUUUUUGUAAUUUUGAGAGCUUCUUGAGAAAGAUCAGCUCUUUUAAGAGGGUUAAAAAAGCGAAAGUCCGCGACAUCUAUGAAUUCUCGAUUAUUCAUGUUAUAGGCAUGGGAGUGGUUCAUCUCCUAGAUUUCUUUUUCGUUUUAAAUUAUAUAAAAACGGAAAGCCAAGAAAUAUCAAUGUAAGGCUGGGAUGAAAUAACUUCAAUUUAGUAUAUUUUGGGAGAUUUAAUCACGGUUUUUUCUAUCCCUCGAAUUUCCAUGCAUUAAUGAUGGUGCUUCGAGAUGCGUUGCAUUUGAAUUUUUCUCAUAUUUCUUCCUAUGUUCCACCUAUUUUGCAUUUAUAAUUUUUCUUUUUUUGCUCAUUUCCUUUCGAUUUUUUUAGUUGAAAAAAAGCUUGGAAAAACACGUUCAUUCCUGAUCAAGUAAGAAGAACUUGUGAAAAUUUUCUGAAUCUCCAAGGCAAAAAAAAGCAAUUUGGAAAGCUUCUGUCAGUAAGCUCUGACGUUAGCGCGAGGAAGGCCCUACUAAAAAUUUUCGCCUAUUUUAAAAAUUGAAUUUGCCGAAGACUUUUGUUAUACGUUAUUCGUGUUCGUGUCAGCAAGAAUCAAGAAAAAGAGAAUCCUCUUAGGUGUGGCUUCUCUUUUCUGAGAAUGACGCGGGUCGUCUUCCUCGUUUUUUUCUGCAUAUUCAACGUCUUCACCGAGGCUUUUAAUGACGUUGACGAGCUGUCGCCUUCUCAGGUUCGGGCUAAUUUCAUUUGAAGCAGUGUUCUGCACUGAACCCAGCUGACUGGGUCUAAUUCUCUGGGGAUUAUUGGAACGCUUUAGUAAGACCAUUAUAUGUCAAUACUUCUGUAGAUAUUGUAGAUUCACUGUUUAAAAAACGUUCCGUCUUUCAUAAAACAAUAUUGGAAUAUGUAAUGUUUGAUCGAACUCUCAAGCAAAAAAUAUAUCACAGGAGAUUUCUCAGAAAAAAAUUACGUAACCGAUCGAGGAUUGCAGUUGUUUUUUGAAGAUAGUGAUUUUCUCUAUAUAACAGGUAGUUUACUCUCAUAAAAAAACCUUUCAAGCUGCAUAUCAGUUACAAAAUAAAUAUAAAAUGCGCCUUCCGUUUUUCGUCUUGCCAGGAACCUUUAUAUAACGUUUUCCCAUUUUGCGUGCUUUAUGGCAAUCGUUUCAUAUUCAUCCGCUUGAAGGGUUUCUCAGAAAACAAAGAAAAAAAGAACUAGUAAGCCAUGAUACACUUCCUCGUCUUUGGAUGUCACAUCUCCGAGCUUGAUAAAUACGAUCUUGAGUCUUGUUGAGGGUGAAUGCAACAAAUGAAUCAAUGAACAUUGAACGAUUUAUUGCUGAAAGUCUCAAAACCCAUUAAAAACAACUUUCUAAAUGUAUAUUUCAGCGAUUUCUGUAAAGACAUUUCAUUUAAUCUCAGAAAUCAUGCCUAUUCAGCAGCAACACCUUUGGGACAUGUUCAAACUGCAAAACGUCUACUUGAACGCCAAAUUUGAAAACAGAGGCUUCGGGACCCUCUUUCAAGCCAAAUACAAGUCCCAAGAGCUUGUUGACGUUUCUGUAAAUGAUCAGAAUCAAGUAAAAUAUUCCACAACGUAAAAAGAUUACAUCAAUCUUUUUCAGUUAAUCUUGCUUUUUCCCGAUCAAAAAGGUUGGCAAAAAAGGAUAACAACCUUCCUUCCACCAGCCGUGGAAAAAACUUACGAUCUUACAAUAACGCUCAACUCGGAGAACAUUGAAGUCUACGAUGGUUGCUUUGAGCUUUUAAAAGUGGGACUGAAAAAUCCAUAUUUCAAGUACGUUAACGUAAGCAAUACCAUAAAAACAAUGAACUUAAGAUUCAAUAAUCCGGAGCUAAGACUUUUACCAAGUUGGGAAGGAAAGUCGCCAGAAGAACUCAAGAUGGACUCCGGCCAUCCGAUAAGCAGCAAGUGCUUCAAUGUAUCCCGUCUUUUCCAGGAUUAUACUGUCGAAAAGAUUGAGAAUGAUUUUGCGGUUAUUGCAAUGAGUAAUAGAUUGGUUUUUAAAUGGAAAGAAUUUCAGACCGUGAUACCUUCAAUUAAUUUUGGCGCUAUCGAUGUGGUCGCGAUUCCACCUUCUGGUUUUGAUGGCUGUCAGGUACAAACUUUUUGAUCUGAGAAUAAAAAUUUGAAUAUUUCAAGAUCGAUGGAAAGUUACUCGAAAUAGGGCAAACUUCGACUAAUAGCUGUACAACUUGCACAUGUGUUGCGAGGUUAUUUUUCAUUUGCCAAAAAAAAAAAACAAAACAUAGGCGCCAAUUUCUUUUCUUGAUUAGUUCUCCACUAACUUACAACCAAUGUUCAGUGACAACGUGGAAUGCACUGCCUUAGAAUGCUCAAAAAUGGAAUGCUCUCACUCGACGACGCAAUCUCAUCAGUGUUGUGCAUCAUGCGGAAAAGAAGUGAGUUUCAUCGCUCUGUCCAAUAAACUCGAUUUACGAGAGCCACGCGGAUAUAUUGUAUUCCUUUUUUGCGGGGGCGCAUGGCUUCAAUAACUUUCUUUUUAUGAAAGAAAACUCGACUAUCCCAGAAGCCAAAUUUACGAAAAAAUAUUCAUCAGAAUAAACUUUCCAAAUGCUAUCCGUUUUUUUUUUGCAAGCCGUUUUACAUCGGUCGCAACUAAAUGAUAGCAGAUAAAAAAAGUUGCGUGCUUUUCUUCUCUUGACUUCUCUCAGCCAAAAAUAGAAUUUUUGGCGGUUAAGAAUUAUCUCGAAGAGAAAAAUUGUUUCAAAAAUAGAAUUUUUGGGUCAAACACCCUACUUUUUUUCGGAAAAAAAUGAUUUGUAUUUUUUUAGUUGAUCUUGUUUUAUCUGAUCAGCCAAUCGACUCAUACACCAUUCUCUGCUAGUUUGAAGAAAUUUACUUUUGCUAAUUAAUAAUAAACGUUUAUCAGACGUUUCUUUAAUCAGCGAUAAUUCUACUGAAUAUUAUGAAAAAUCUUGUUUUUAGUGUAAUCAUGAAGGCCGGACGCAUCCUCACGGGGAGAUUUUUUGGAGAGCCGAAUGCAUCCGCUGCAAUUGUAACGACGGCCAAGUCACUUGCCAAUACCAGUCCGUUUGAAUUCCUCUUAUUUUAGCAUGAAGAGCCAAAAUAUUUUCCUCGGAUUUGAGCAAAAGUGUGAGUUUUGCAGGCACCCGAAAGAAUGUCCCGUUUUGGCAUGUGCAAAGUUGGACCAGUACAUUCCGGAAAAUAAAUGCUGUCCGAUGUGUCGAGAAAACAGCGACUUUUGUGCUAUGAAACCAUGUCAUCAGGACGCAGAAUGUACGAAUGAAACUCACGGAGCUAAAUGCAGGUGUAAAGAGGUACAUUCUUGAACAGUUUUCAAACCUUGGAACAAUCAACUAAACAGAUUUUAAAAGAAAUUACUAAAUAAUCACGUAUUUGGAAAAAUUAAGAGUUUUAUUGGAAUAAAACGAAAAUUGACAGAACCUUUUUUCAGGGGUUUUCUGGAAACGGAACUUGGUGCCAGGAUAUCAAUGAAUGCGCGUUUGGAGAUUACGCAAAGGCCCAGGUGACAUUUCUUCCGGUUGUUGAUUGUGUGAUAGGAAAAAAAACACAUCCUGUGCUAAGAAUCGCGUAG